AUGAACAGUUCUCACACUAUGAAGUCUUCUGUCCUCAUCAUUCUUGUGGCCCUAAUAUGUGCAGAAAGAGCUCAGGGGCUGAAGUGCUACAGUUGCCUGGGGGUCCCAUAUGAGACUUCCUGCCCAUCAACUACCUGCACCUACUCUGAUGGAUUCUGUGUUACUCAGGUGGCAGAAGCUGUUGUGGACUCUCACAGAAUCAAAGUAAAGAACAGUCAGUGCCUUCCCUUUUGCCCUUCUAAUCUGGAAAAUGUCGAGAUCCUGGGAACUACCCUCAAGGUGAAUACGACUUGUUGCAAGACAGACCUCUGCAAUGCAGCCGUUCCCACUGGAGGCAGCACCUGGACCAUGGCAGGGGUGCUUCUGUUCAGCCUGGGCUCAGUCCUCCUGCAGACCUUGCUGUGAUGGUCCUUCCAACGACCCCACCCUUGUCCUUUUAU